AUGUCUAUGUCUGUAUCUGAGAUAAAAACAGCCGUAAAGAGUCUCGAUGCUGCUUUGGAAAGUAAAUCGACCGACGAUGUUCUGGCUAUCUUGCACCAGCUCGACAACGAAGUCAACGCCACAGAAUCCUUAUUGAGAGAAACCAAGGUAGGUGUCCACGUGAACAAGGCACGUACUUACGAAGAUAGCCGGGUGGUGUCCCUGGUUAAGAAGAUAGUGAAGAAGUGGAAAGAUGUGGUAUCUAUGGAGAAGAAGGAAAAGCGGAAACCCGGUCAAGCCAAGGCAGCAUUGGUGCAAUCUGGAACACCAACGGCAGCAAUGGCAUCAACAACGCCAGCGGGUGACGCCACCAAUACACACUUGCCGAACACUGUCUCCAAGACGAAGCCCGUCAACAGAACUCCAACAACGGAUGGUGUCAAAAUUGAAAUCUAUCCUGAUACGACUCGUAAUCGUUCUAUAGCGGCAUUAUACACAGCAUUGGCGGUUGAUAGCGAUUUGUCGUCGGAACUGAUACUGGAGAGAUCUAUCUCCAUUGAAAAAGAGAUAUUCGGCACUAAUGGUGUUGGCGAUUCAUAUCGUACCAAGUUACGUUCACUAAUACUGAACAUCAAGAACAAACAAAAUAGCUCAUUACGUGAGCAGAUUCUCAAUGGAUCGCUUCUACCAAAGAGGUUGGUAUCCAUGACAAGUGCCGAGUUGGCGCCAGCGGCGUUGAAGGAAGAGAUGCAACGUAUGAAAGAAAGAAACUUGUUUCAUGCCCAGGGUGCCGUUGAAAAAAGGGCAAUCACAGACCGGUUUGUUUGUGGUAAAUGCAAGAAGCGUGAAGUGUCAUACUAUCAAAUGCAAACACGUUCUGCCGAUGAACCUCUAACGACUUUCUGUACCUGUGAAAACUGUGGAAAUAGAUGGAAGUUCUGUUGA